CCGCUCCCCAUUUCGAAGCCAUUUUGGACACACAUCACACUAACAUGCACGUAAACCCCGGACGACCUCGCGACGCAGCGACGCCAACCGCACCGCUCUCCACGCUUGUUCACCGCCAGAAAGAACGAUAAACGCACAUUUCUCCUUCCACGUUCUUUUUUCUCAAGCCAUGCGGGACUAAACGAGCCAGCCGGCGGCCCGACUAAUCUGCCCCCUCCGUCUUUUCUUCUCGGUGGUGGUGGUGGUUGUUGGUGGUGUGGUGGCGGCGGCGCUUACAAGCCGCGAAAGGCUUUAGCUCGGAGGGGGGGCCCUGCGGUUGGUUUGACUCUGCCGGUGCUGAGGGGUGGAUGUGCGGGACGGAACCAAAACGGCGGACCUCUGUGGUGGUGCUUUUUAAAGACGGAACAUGUCUUUCUCGUGGCUGACUUGUUCACUUCUGCUGGGAACUUUAUGCGCAGGGUACAGCGUGGGCGAGGCGGAGACACGCGAGUGCGUGUUCUACAAUGACAAUUGGCGCGCCGAAAAGACCAACCAGAGCGGCUACGAGCGUUGCGACGACAAGGACAAAGACAAGGACAAGCGGCUGCACUGCUACGCCUCCUGGCUCAACUCCUCAGGGACCAUCAAGCUGGUGAAGAAAGGCUGCUGGCUGGACGAUUUCAACUGCUAUGACAGGCAAGAGUGCGUCUCCAUGGACGAGAAUCCUCAGGUCUUCUUCUGCUGCUGCGAGGGCAACUACUGCAACAAGCGCUUCACCCACCUCCCCGACUUGAUCGGCAUCGGCAACCGAGUGAAAAUCCGGCCUCCGCCCCGAGUGCCGUCUAUGCUGAAUGUGCUCGUCUACUCCCUGCUGCCGCUCUGUGUGCUCUCCUUGGCAAUCAUCUUGGCUCUGUGGAUGUACCGUCACCGUAAGCCCCCCUACGGCCACGUGGACCUGAGCGAGGACCCUGGACCCACCCCUCCAUCGCCCCUUGUGGGCCUUAAACCGCUGCAGCUGCUGGAAAUCAAAGCCAGGGGGCGCUUUGGUUGCGUUUGGAAAGCCCAGUUCAUGAGCGAAUACGUAGCAGUCAAGGUCUUCCCUGUACAGGAUAAGCAGUCGUGGCAAAACGAGCGGGACAUCUUCCUGACACCGGGCAUGCGGCACGAGAAUAUCCUGCGCUAUAUUGCCGCCGAGAAGCACGGCAGCAACCUGGAGACGGAACUGUGGCUCAUCACCGAGUUCCACGAAAGAGGUUCACUGACCGACCACCUCAAGGGGAACACUGUGACCUGGGGGGAGCUGUGCCUCAUAGCCGAGACCAUGUCCCGCGGCUUAGCCUACCUCCACGAGGACAUUCCCAGCAACAAGGGAGAAGAGCCCAAACCCACCAUCGCGCACAGGGAUUUCAAGAGUAAGAAUGUCAUGCUCCGAAACGACCUGACCGCAAUCAUCGGAGACUUUGGGCUCGCUGUGUGCUUUGAACCAGGGAAACCUCCAGGAGACACUCAUGGGCAGGUGGGUACGCGACGCUACAUGGCACCCGAGGUGCUGGAGGGAGCCAUCAACUUCCAACGAGACGCCUUCCUGAGGAUCGACAUGUACGCCAUGGGUCUGGUGCUGUGGGAACUGGUGUCGCGCUGCAGCGACACUGAGGGUACCGUGGGCGAAUACCUUCUGCCCUUUGAAGACGAAAUAGGGCAGCAUCCCACCCUAGAGGAUUUGCAGGAUGUGGUCGUGCACAAGAAAAUGCGCCCAGCCAUCAAAGACUGUUGGCUAAAACAUCCUGGUCUGAGCCAACUGAGCGAGACCAUCGAGGAAUGCUGGGACCACGACGCCGAGGCCCGCCUGUCGGCCUGCUGCGUGGAGGAGCGCAUCGGCCAGAUCGCCAGGACCACCGGCAGCACUACCUCAGAUGGCCCCGUCUCCAUCGUUACGUCGCUCACCAACGAGGACCUACCUCCCAAAGAGUCCAGUACCUGAACACGGACUGUGCUCCUCACAUUUUUUUAUUUUAUUUUUUCAAACCCAAACUCAGUGGAUCUUGGUGAAUAUUUAAUAACAUGCAGCUGCUACUUUAUCCCCAACACUGGUAUUUUUUUUUCUGGGGUGUCGGAUUUUAUUAACACAUCCACCUGCUGUAGUUUGGACGUAGUAUAUAAGCUAUACGACAGGCAACAUUCAAAGUCGGUAUUACCUCAUGUAUUGUUUUGCGUUAAUUACCUCAUUAUUUUUUAAACGUUUUUUGUUGUUUUUUUUAAACUUUUCUCCCGACCCCCUUUCCCCGUCAAGUGAACUUUUAAGCUCCGAAACCUCUGGAGGAUUUUGAGACUGUUGGAACAAAAUAGAUUCAUCUUCCUCAGGGGUCGAAGCUUCUCUAAUUUUCGAAAGAAAUUCUUCAAAGUGUGCUCCCCUACUUUUCAAACCUGUGAAUGCCUCCCUCCCAACAGAAAAGUUAACAAAAAAAAACAAAAACAGACAAUAUAUAUAAAUAUAUAUAAUGGAGCACAGUGGCGUUUUAUCAAGCUAAAAUGGGUGCUGGACUUGUUUGGAGAUUUUAGGGACACCGUGUGGUCCCGCGGGGAACUACCUCUCAGGUAUCCAAUAGGCUUCUUUGGUUGUGCGUGUGUGUGAGUGUGUGAGUGUCUUCUAAUGCGAGAGGGAGAGCCAUGCUAGCUGUCAUUAUGGACUUGUUCCCCAUUCUAAUGAGUUUUUUAUUUUAUUUUUAUUAUUCAUUCGCAUUGUUUUUGUCUGUAGAGUUACUCCUUUAGCCAGUGCCGGGGGCAUUGACAAAUGUCUGGAGUUGCAAUGUUACACAUUCUUGAUUUUGAGCUGUUGUGUAUGAGUGUGAUUAAUGAUCAUGCAGUUAAGGACAAAAUGAGUCAUAUCCUGGCCAUAAUGUUUGAAAAAGUGGAUGUUUUGAUUACAUUGAAAAUAAUUUAAUAUUAGCUUACGUACCAGUGUGCAAACCUGUAAUUGUUUAAUCCCAAAUACAGGCCCAAAACUCUAAAUUAUUUUUAAAUUUGAGAUUCAAAAAUUAAACAGCAGUUAGUUGUGCGUAAACUAAUAACAAUGAUCAUCUAAAUUGGUCACAGUUCAGAGGGGGUUCGAGUCCACCUCCGGUCCUCUCUGUAUGGACAUUGCAUGUUCUCCCCGUGAUGAUUGAUUGAUGAAUGAUUUCCACUUUCAACAAAAACAUAAGAGCCGGGAUAUGAACCAUUUUUUGCUGCACGUUCGCGUCUAUAAGUGAGAACAGCCGACCCGGCCGCCAUACUUGAGUACAAGCAACAUGUCUGUUUCUGUGUUUUCUCUCGACGUGUCGAACGGACUCGCUCAAGUCAGUCGUUUGUCCCCGGAUACCUCAGUCCUCCACGUACAUCUCACCGGGAGAUCUCAAAACGGUUGCCUUUUUUUCGUCUCUCGCCGAUGCAAUGCCAUGCAGUGGCAGUCGCCGCAGUUGCGUACGUGCUGUCAUACGAACACGAGUACCAUACGUUUUUGAAUGUCCGUUUUUAUGCUGCUCUGACUAUUCCAGGACUCUCAAGGAUUUGUAUUCUUAGCGUGCUCUAGAACCAUCAGUGAUGUGACACGAGGCUAACGUUCUGUUCUUGUAGUUGUUCGUGUGUGCGUGCGUGUGUUUUAUGAUGACGAUGAAGGGGUGAGCCCUCAAGCUGCUUCCUCUCCUCCAAGACUGACCUCAGAUCUUCUGAACAAGUACCUCAGGCUUUUUUUUUUUCUACAUGUACAUGGACUUAUGUGUUCUUAAGAUGUAUUUGAUUGUGUGUUUUAUUUUUAAGAAAAAUACCGUAGUCCAGAUGGUUUAAUGUCGGACGGGCCUCCUUGUCUUGAGAUUUUUAAUUACUUUUUAUUUCAAAGAAAGUUGUUUUAAUUUAACUUUUUUUUUUUUUUUUUAAGGAAAACUAUUUUACUUUUUGUUUUGUUAACCAUAGCCCCAGCAGUUGUCACACUGUCCACAAAAAAAUUGAAAAAAAAUGACAGAUUGUUGUAAAUACACUCUGGACGCAAUGUUUUUGUUUUGUAAGGAAAAGGAUUCCCUAUUCUAAAUGUUUUUUAAAGGGGUUCUAUAUAUACAGCAAUUAAGGUCAAAACUACAAAUUUUUAAAUUCUAUAGACAAAUAUGACAGUUGACAACCAUCUGAAUGGUUCCUUCCUUAGCUGAAACAAUAGAACUUUCCGGCCCCUUUAAAAUCCUACCCAAUAUUUUAGCAAGCCAGAUUGUACAAAAAUGUGCUGUUACCACAUCCUGAACAAAUACACUACAUGUAAAACACACAACGGCCCGCAUGAUGUUGGCAAAAGAUUAUAGAUGUACUUAAAUAAAUGACAUUUAGUAAUGGACCUUCCACAAAUUAAAAAAAAAGAUAAUUUUGGCCUUAACUGUAUGUAAAAGCAAAAGGUAAGAUUCCCAAUGCUUUUGAACCCCCCCCCCCCACAAUAUUACCUCUAAAUAAACUCAUAACCUGCCGAUGAGACGUGCUAGUUUAGACAUGUGGUGCUGUGCAAAGAUGGUGACUUUCUUAUCAUUUCUGUAAAAAAAAAAAAAAAAGCGCUCUGUCAUGUGUUCUCUGGUCGUGGUGGGGGUAUAAAUGUACAAAAAAAAAAGUUUUAACUUUGGGGGAUUUCUUUUAUAUAAUGCUGAACGAUUGAUGUGCACAGUGGAGUGUGUGUAUGAGCCGAGAGUCCAGCAAUAUAUCUAACACGGCAAUAGUCAUUUGAAUAUCAUUUGAUGGUCACCUAGCUGUGUGUGCAACAACGACACCCACUCCCACCCUACCGGUCCACCCAGGUGCUUUCAACGCCCCCCCCCCCCCCCCACCCCAAAACCACCUCCAGUUCUUCUGACCUCUUACCUCACACAGUACCUCUGUAACAUAGCGUCAUCUGUAAAAAGGACAAAAAUAAUGAAGUGAGCCAUUAAGAGCAAGAGUGAGCCAACUCCUUUUUGGCCGCCUUUUGACGGAAGUUGAAAAGAAAUUUUAUCAAGAAUGCAAGAUGGGAAAUAACGCAGCGCAAUAAUGGGCUGCUGCUCUGGAACUAAGUUAAGUUGGGCUUGUAUUCACACUGUUCAUUUCUGAUCUUAAAAAGGGGCCGGAGUUGGCUCACUCUUGUUCAAAAUCGCUCAAAGGUUUUUUUUUUUCUCCAUGAUUCUUACUAUCUAUAUGAAAGCAAAGAAUGUCCUUGUUCUAGUGUGAAUGAUGAGCUUUUCCCCGUUGAUGUGAUGAUUCCUGUGCGAAGAUGUAUGAUUUUUGUCUUGGAAAAUGCGUAGGGAAAACAAAUAGAUGACAUCUUUUUGUAUAUAAAAAAUAAAAUACAAAUGCAAAUGA